CAUUGAGCUUUCGCGGACUUGUUCCGCGAUGACUUUGGGUUAGACCGCUAAUCAGAGUGGGAUACAUGGUAAUAACGAUACAAUAAAGGUAAAGAGCGAUGUUGUUAGCAAACACAACCUCAACUUGUAUUGUUUCCCUGUCUGAGUGCAACAAGGUGCUAUCCACCAUACAUUAGCCACCCCUCGACCUCUUUACAGCAAGGCAGCAACUAGACUCGAGUAUCAUGUCAACCAUUACCAACGGCAUUACCGUCCAUGUUCCGAGACAUCGGCUUCGCAAUGGUCUAGAAGCCGGAAAGCCUAUGAUUGGAUGUUUCUCCUCGUUGCCCUCAGCAUGGACUGCGAGAAUUGUGGCAUCAUGCGGAUGGGACUAUGUGAUCAUCGAUUGCGAACAUGGGAAUCAUGACGAUAGCGAUAUGCACGAUACGGUGAACGUGAUUGCUUCUGAGAAUGUUUCCCCCAUUGUCCGUUUGAGAGCAGGAGAAUAUGGCCUGAUCAAAAGGGCAUUAGAUUGUGGUGCACAUGGAAUUAUGGUUCCAAUGGUAAAUACACCCGAAGAUGCUCGAAACAUUGUCAAAUGGUCGAAAUUCCCACCGAUGGGCGUACGAGGACAAGGAUCAUCUUUCUCUGCCAUGGCAUCUGGGCUUACCACACACCAAUACGUUUCACUGGCCAAUAAGACUAUCCUCACCAUUGUCCAAAUCGAGACGCCUGAAGCGGUCUCCAACGCCGAGAAGAUCGCGUCAAUUGAGGGUGUCGAUGCACUCUUCAUUGGUCCCAAUGAUCUUGCGCUUUCAUUGCUCGGAUAUGUACCUGCCAGAUGGGAUGAACCGGAGUUUUUGGACGCGUUAGAGAAAGUAAGGUUGGCGGCGAAAAAGUAUGGCAAGUAUGUGGGCAUACUGGCGCGGAAUGGAGCGCACGCAAAGGAGUUGAGCGAGAAGUGGAAGUUGGUCGGUUUGGGGUCCGAUGUGAGAGCGCUACAGACAGCCAUGAAGGCUACCGUGGCGGCGUCGAGAAGCGAAGCGUAGAUAUUAGCAGCAAAC